AUGCUGAAGAUGACCUACACAAGCGAGGAUCUCGAAAAUGCGGUAGCAACAUACUUCUCCGGUGAUGGAUCACAUCGAAGCAUCGCCAGCAUGUUCGGCAUUCCCAAAACGUCGAUGACCUACACAAGCGAGGAUCUCGAAAAUGCGGUAGCAACAUACUUCUCCGGUGAUGGAUCACAUCGAAGCAUCGCCAGCAUGUUCGGCAUUCCCAAAACGUCGAAUUUCCAAAUGUUUAUCAAAGAUUACGAAUUUUAUGAGAUAGAUAGCUGCGAAACGGUCAACAAAAAUAUCGAUUGCGUCUCUCUUUCUUCGUUGGACUGGUGCGAAGAUCCUCCUGCACAAGAAAGUUCUUCAUCUGAAUCGAAACUUUAUUUUCACGGAUUUUCUGAUAUUCAAGCUUUUAAGCUCACCUUUUCUGAAAUUCUGGAGAACCGGAGGUAUUUCGACGUUGCCGUUGUGCGGUUCGCCGAAAUUGUUUUUUGCGACCCUGUGAGCCGUCAUUGCCGACUGGAUGUGUUAGACCAGAAGCUUUUCGAGGCGCUUCUAAUCGAUGCCAAGGAAACGGAUGCCUGUUUGGACUUCAUUCCCUUUGCUGGAGAAGUUUGGGAGCUAGGUGACUUUUACUACAGCACAUAUCCUGGCUACGCCCGUUAUCGUGAUCUCUAUUCCCACAACUACGCGCGGCUUCUGUGGUGGAUGGAGUCGGGUGAGGAUGUUUACCAUCCUCAUUCGCGACGUUCGGAUUUUUACCCCGAGAUCAUGUACUCUAGCGUGGAAUCCCGACUGGAGGCUCGCUUGGAGGCGCUGGAGGCGCUGAAUUCCUUGCGGUCGGAAGACGCCGCUAACUAAUUCUGUGUAUCCUGGUAUUUUACAUGAACUCUUUAAUACAUUUUGUUUUUUGAAAGAA